AUGGCGGCGACGGACGUAAAAACGGACGAGGAAAAUAUUUUUAACAAAAUGCUUGAGGAUAUUAAUGAAGAGAUGAAUAUUGAACAUAAUAAUGUAACUGUUAAAAAAGGUGUAUAUAAAGAGCUCAAUACAACUUUGAAUGCAGAAGAUUUUAUCGAUAAGCACUAUGAAAAAACUAGAUAUAGCGCACUGAGAGAUUCUAUCCUUGAAGACGUAAAAGGUGAGAUAAACACUCUUAUCUCAAAUCAAAUUUCAAAACUUGUCAAUAAUUGUUCAGUUGCUCAUAAGGAUGACCGAACGGAUAAACUGGAAUCAAAUUUAUUGGAAGAAAUUCACAACAACAAUGAAGCUGUUAGUCGCCAUAACAAGCAAAGCUUUGUUCAUCGAAAUCGAUUUGAACAUCUGUAUAAUGAGAAUAAUGAUCACUCUGAAAUAACAGAAAGUUUUAGAGGUGAUACUUAUAAUAAUAAUAACUUUAUACAUAAUAAUGAGGAACUAAUUGUACAUAAUAAUGAAGACAUAAUUGUACAUAAUAAUGAAGACAUAAUUGUACAUAAUAAUAAAGAAAACAUUCCAACAAAAAGGCAAUCACUUAAUAACGCUAAUAACCUUAUUAACACUAAAAAAAUUACAUGUAUACUAGGAGACAGUAUAAUAAAAGGCAUCAACGGUUACAAGAUGACCAAAUCCCUUGACUACAACCAAAACAAGAGAGUUAUACUAAAAUCCUUUCCUGGAGCUACGACAGAAGACAUGUAUGAAUACGUCAAACCAACCAUGAAGAAAAAGCCAGAUAACAUCAUCCUUCAUGUUGGCACAAAUGAUCUUUCUAGAAACGUAGCACCAGAGGUUAUAGCUAACGAUAUAAUUAAUUUAGCAACAUCAUUGAUUAACUCGAAUAUGAACGUAUCCGUAUCUGGUCUGACUCCAAGAAAUGACGAUCAAGGUAUUAGAUGUGACGAACUCAAUGACCACCUAUAUAAAGGAUGUGCUGAACGAAAUAUCGCAUUCAUAAAUCACUAUCAGCAGAUGGAUCGGAAUCGUCACCUUAACAGAAAAACGAUAGAAAAUGAUAUAUCGUUCUCUUCCUGCUUAAAAAACUUACGUCUACAAAACUUAAAUAGGAUUAUUCUUGGACAAAUUAACAUUAAUUCCGUACGAAAUAAAUUCGACUGUCUAGUUGAUGCAAUUGAUGGAAACCUUGAUGUUCUUUUAAUCUCUGAAACUAAAAUUGAUAGCUCUUUUCCUACCGCUCAAUUUAAAAUUGACGGUUACACAAAGCCUUUUCGUCUGGAUCGUAAUAGUAAAGGUGGAGGUAUGCUCUUAUAUGUACGUCAAGAUAUUCCAUCAAAACAGUUGCAUCCAACUAGUACUAGAGAUUUUAAUGCGGAAAUUAAGGAAAAUAGCAUGACAGAAUUUGCUGAACUCUACAACCUUAAGUGCCUCGUGAAGGGCCCCACAUGCUUUAAAAACCCUGAUAACCCAUCGUGUAUUGAUCUUUUUCUCACAAAUCGAUAUAACUAUUUCCAAAACACCAGCACAUUGGAAACAGGUCUCUCCGAUUUCCAUAAAAUGGCCAUCACUGUAAUGAAAAUAUAUUUUCAGAAACAAAAAUCUCAUAUCAUCAAAUAUAGGAAUUACAAAAACUUUUCAAAUGAACGUUUUUGUUAUGAGCUAACAUGUCGACUUCAAAAUAUAGAAAAAUCAAAAAAAAAGAUAGAUGAUGAGUUAGAAAACUUUCAUGAAUGUGCAAAAUCAGUCCUUAACAAAAUUGCGCCAUUAAAAAAAAAUACGUAA